CUAAUUCGUAGCACAGACGACCCUUUUCUCUUUCUUCUCCAAGUGGGACUAGAGGACCAAAGUAAACAAAACAAAGCUCCUCCAUAUCCAAAGCCGAAGCUCGAAUUCGAUAUAAAAGCUACAAUACAUUUGCACAACUUCUUCAGCAAUUAACUCCAUUGAAGAAGACUCGCAGAGAUCCAAUCACAGAUGAAGAUCACUGUAAUGACCGCGGACGAACAGAUUCUCAACUUAGACGUGGAUCCCCACGAAACUGUUGAAAAUGUGAAAGCUCUGCUGGAGGUGGAGACGCGGGUGCUGCUUCAGCAACAGCAGCUGCUAUAUAAUGGGAGGGAGAUGAGGAAUUCUGAGAAGCUGAGUGCCCUUGGCGUUAAAGAUGAAGACUUGAUAAUGAUGGUAUCCAAUGCUGCACCGAGUGCUUCAGCCAAUGCUUUGAGCUUCAAUCCAGAUGGGUCUGCGGUAAACCCAGGAGCUUUUCAGCAGCACAUUAAGAAUGAUUCUAAUUUGAUGGCACAGUUGUUUCAGAGUGACCCAGACUUAGCACAAGUUAUUCUUGGAAAUGAUCUCAAUAGACUGCAGGAACUUUUACGACAGCGUCAUCGCCAAAAGUCUGAACUUCGACGGCAACAAGAUGAGGAGCUUGCUCUUCUUUAUGCAGAUCCUUUUGAUGUUGAAGCACAGAAGAAGAUUGAAGCUGCUAUUCGCCAGAAAGGAAUUGAUGAAAACUGGGCCGCGGCUCUGGAACAUAAUCCUGAAGCUUUUGCAAGGGUGGUUAUGUUGUAUGUUGACAUGGAAGUCAAUGGUGUCCCGUUAAAGGCAUUUGUUGACAGUGGAGCGCAGUCAACAAUUAUUUCAAAAAGCUGCGCUGAGCGUUGUGGAUUGUUGAGGCUUUUAGAUCAACGUUACAAGGGUAUUGCUCAUGGAGUUGGUCAAUCAGAGAUAUUGGGUCGGAUACAUGUAGCUCCAAUCAAGAUUGGGAAUAUAUUUUAUCCUUGCUCAUUCUUGGUUUUGGAUGCUCCCAAUAUGGAGUUCCUCUUUGGGUUGGAUAUGCUCCGUAAGCAUCAGUGCAUUAUAGAUCUGAAGGAUAGUGUUUUGAGAGUUGGUGGUGGAGAAGUUUCCGUACCAUUCUUGCAAGAAAAGGACAUCCCAUCUCGUUUUCUGGAUGAAGAAAGGUUUGCCAAGGAAACAUCCAGCUCAGGAGCUCCUGUUACAUCUGGAAAAGCAGAUACAAGCAAAAAUUCACCAUCGGGAGGGCAAUCAUCUGGAAGUGCUCGUUCUAACCCGACUCAGGCACCUGAUUUUGAAGCUAAAGUUGCAAAGCUUGUUGAGCUAGGGUUCGGGAGAGAUGCUGUAAUACAAGCUCUUAAAUUUUUCGACGGUAACGAAGAACAAGCAGCAGGAUAUCUUUUUGGGGGCUGAUUAAGCUGUAUACCUUUUAAAAUUCAUUUCAUUGUUGGAAUAAUAAUGAUUAAUUGGAGAACUCAAUUACAAAAGUAGUUCAAGUUGGAAUAUUGUGUAUUUUGUUACCCUUUGAUUUGAUUUUAAUCUACUGACACCCACGAACGGGGCUGGCAAGAUUUACCCUUUUCAGAUUAUAUAUCA